CCGGACGCCAUCCAAAUGUCCCUGCUCAGGCGUCUGCUCUUUCAGCUUUGUCGAUGGAAUGACCUCAAUUUUAACUAUCUUUUCACUGUCGAAACUUCAUUCUCGGCAUUUGAAUCUGCCAAACUACGCUCUGUCGCCGUAUCUCAAUUGCUUUUUUCCCUUUAUCCUUAUUGGGAUUGACUCACUUUCCACCGAAAGGUUCUUCUCUGCUAUUAGCUAACGCACCAAUUUUCGUCUUUUUUUCCUGGUAUUCUCAGCCUUUUAGUGUGGACUAAACUUUGUUUUCCCAGGUUUUGCUGCCAAAAACAGAACGGUCGUGUGGUCCUUGGGUACCAUCGGUGGUGUGCUGGCAUCAUGCGCUUUAUUGACCCAAGCUUCGCACUCGCCUUGUUGGGCUGCUCAGUUUGUCUUUACGCUCUGCACGUUGAAUUUUCCCAUGAAAAGGACGAAACGUAUCAAGCAUUUUGCGACAUCUCCCAACAUAUCAGCUGUUCUAAGGUUUUGACUUCACCAUACAGCCGUGGUCUCGGGUUGAUUGGACCAGAUUCUGGAUGGCUCUAUCAACGCAAUCCUAUUUAUGGGCUCUUAUUUUACUCGCUUCUUAUGUGUCUUGACUGGACCCGAACUCGAAUGGGAUUGCGACUUGCUGCACUCCUUUCCGCUAUUUCUUGUCUUACCUCCGUCUAUUUGAGUUACCUACUGAUAUUCGUGCUCAAGGAUUUGUGUCUGGUUUGCUGUGCAACAUACACUAUCAACGCUCCAAACAUGUUGUGGCAUAUAACCGCCGGCUUCCUCUACGUAGAAAUGUUUGUUGUUUUUCUCUUUAUGUUGCCACUUUUUUCAACUCGGAGUUGGAGUAAAUUUUUCAAGAGCAGCUGGGUGAAAAAAGUGACGGCAUUUUCUAACUAUUAUUUCAAUUUCUUUCUCAUUCUUUUGGGCCUCGUAUUAGUCGAGGCUUCGCGUCAAGUGAUGAAUCAACGAAGUGCCUACACCGCUUUGAAAGCGCGCCCAACGGAUCUGCGCCCCGAGACCGAGUCACUUUAUCUGAUGCGUAUGUUCCGAGCGCAGCGCAAUCUCUAUAUCGCCGGGUUCGCCUUAUUCAUGUGGUUUGUGUUCCGUCGUCUGGUUCGUCUCAUCUGCGACCACGCCCAGAUAUCCACCAUGCAGGAAGCCUCGUUAAAACAGGCCCGGAGUGCCAGCGAUGCCGCCGAACGCCUGAUGACCGCCAGCCAUGCAGACGACUCCGACGUCGUCAAGUGUUUGAAGGAACAAAUUCGAAAUCUCGAGAAACAGUUGGAAAAUGAAAAACAAGCCCACGAGUCUGUGAAACAAGAUCUUGUGACCCUUAAGAAACAAGCCCAACAAACGACACAAGAGUACGAUCGUCUAUCCACGGAAUGCCAGGAGCUACAAAGUCGCCUGGCCAUUCUUUCCGGAUCUUCGAAGGACAAAAAAUCAGAUUGAUUUCGCUGUUUGUUCUGAUGGAAUCGCUUUGGUCAUCAUAGCUGUCAUUCUGAUUCUGUAUGGGCCGCGCUAUCUUCCCUUCUUGUCUUUGAUUUUCACCUGCGGGAGGACAUCGCUUCUCCGCCUUCCGUCCACUGCACCAUUUGGGUACUUCCUCACUGUUUACGUUACAGUACAUUGUUCGCUCUUUGUCAUGUGCUCAGUGCUUAUUCUUAUCAAUGAACACGAUGACUGUCGUCUUAUUGGAGUUCAUCAAAAUACACUCAUCAAAAUGUUAUUUCAGUUCAUACUGGUUCAAUCACUAUGGAUACCUUUUGCCACUUUUUGUUCGAACAUCCGAGUUGUUAGAUUCAUGUGUCGCACUCAUAACGCGG